UCAAUAUCAUAUGGGAGUGAAUAUAGCCAAACUGAUUUAAAUUUUAAAUUCGUAUCUGGAGUUGACAUGGUAAUCGUGUUCGGAACAGCAAAUUAAAGUUGCAAUCUCGACAAAAUAUCCGCGCUUUUAAACUAUAAUUUUUAAUUCCUUCCUAGUAAAUUAUUCAGCUGUUACCCCCUACUUUAAAGUUUAAGCUAAUAUUAGUCUUAUAUUUAGGGCUAUGGCUAGGGUUAGUGUUAGAUUUAGGGCUAGGAUGAGGUUCCUUCUUUAAUGGACUUUAUAUCAUGGAUGAACCAGUUUCGGAUGGAUUUUUGCACUGAACCCGCCAAUCUGAAGCGUACUCUGGAGGAAUUCAGAACAAAGUUUCUCACGAAAUGGAUAGAGGGAGAUUUAAACAGGAAUGGUGCAGAGCUGACGGAACAGUACAACGAGGCUGUCAGACAAGGAAAAGAAAGCAUUGAGAAUCUGAAAAAGAAUGAGAAACAGAGAAGACAACAGAGUCAGAUGAGUCAGAAAGUACUGGAAAGCCACAUUGCAAAAGCCAGGAUGUUGAAGGAAGAGCUGACCCGACUGAAGACAGAGGCCGACACCAGACUGCAGAAGAAAGAGAACAUGACUGAGGAACUGCAGAAAGUGUUGGAAGAAAAAGACCACGACAGCCAGAAGAUACUGGCUCAGGAGAAAACAACAAAAGAGCGAUUGCUAGAGUUAGAAAAAUCAGCGGAAUGGUUUCGAAAUAAUCUUGGCCUUCAAUUCAGAAAAAUAUCUGGCAACAAACUUCAAAUGAUUUUUACGUCUGUUGAUGACAAAGACCCAAAAGCUCCAUGUUCAUUUCACGUCCAGAUCGAUGACAGUAGAAAGUAUAUCAUUUCUAAUUGCGAACCUCCUGUAGAAGAACUGGAUUGUUUGGUGGAGAAGCUGAAUGCUACAAAUAAUUUGUCGGGAUUUGUCCAGGCCAUUCGUAAAGCUUUUAAAACCAAAAUGACACGAUGACCCGACUGCUUUCUUAGUUUUAUUUUAUCUUGCUCUGCUGUAAAGUAGUAACUUUCCCUGGUCCGACACCUAAUCGUCAAUCUCUGUUUUUGUGCUGCAGUGACGUAAAACAAUUCAUGUAAACUGGCUUGUAAACUGACAUGAACAAACUGAUUUCUGAAUUUUUUAUUUUUUUUAAUCUUUAGCUGUAAAAAGUGUAACAUAUUAACAGACUAUUCAGAAUGUUUUAAAACUUACGUGACCAGUGACAAAAUGGUUUCUAAUUGGAAACAUUUUUAGUUUUAUUGAAGUAUUAAAGACUUCAUGUUUUAAAUAUGCUUCAGUUAAAAUUAAUACUGCAUAAAAAAAAAAAAAAAAUAUGUAAAGCUAGGAUUUCAUUGACUGGAUGCAUUUGCGGAUCUGUUGUGGUGAUGCAGUAGAGUAUGCAUUUAUCAAUCUUCUUCUUUUUUUUACCGGCAUCGGUGGCAUCGUGGUUAGGCCAUCGGUCUACAGGCUGGUAGGUACUGGGUUCGGAUCCCAGUCGAGGCAUGGGAUUUUUAAUCCAGAUACUGACUCCAAA